AUGUCUGAAAGAAAUUUUAUCCCCCAUCAUCUUGGAGGUGGGGGGUUGUGCUGGCAUCUACCAGAACGAUACAUCGAACUUAAUCCGGAUACUGUUACUAAUCGUCGAGUUGCCAUCAAACUUUUGAAGAAACCGUUUGAUGUCUUGGAACUAGCCAAGCGAACGUAUCGGGAACUUGCUAUUUUAUCACAUCUGAGACAUGAAAAUGUCAUCCAUCUUAUUGACGCUUUUUCUAAUCAGAAGUCGAUGGACGAAUUUGAAGACUUAUACCUGGUGAUGCCGUUUAUGCCAAUUGAUUUGGCAUGUGUAUUGCAAACUGAUUCACUUGAUGACGAACAAAUCUUAUUGUUUUCGUAUCAAAUUCUUCGAGGUUUAAAGUAUAUACAUGGGGCAAAAAUCCUCCAUCGUGAUUUAAAACCAGCGAAUAUUAUCGUGAACGAGGAUCUCGAUCUGCGGAUUGCUGAUUUUGGAUUAGCUCGAAAUACAGAGAACCUGAAGGACAAUAUAAGUUAUGUAAUGACGAGAACCUAUCGAGCACCAGAAGUGUUGACAAUUGAUAUAUGGUCUGCUGCUUGCAUUUUUGUGGAAAUGAAGACUCGCGUUCCUCUUUUCAAUGACAUGGUCAAACCGCAACAUUUCAAGCACAUUUUACAGAUCACCGGAAAACCGGACGAGAUAAUGAUGAAGAAAAUUAGUAGCGACCAUUCUCGCUCAUAUAUAGAGGACGAUGAUGUCCCAGAGAAACCAAAUCUCGUCGAAAUUUUCCCAUGGGCUUCUGAUGAAUUACGGGAUCUACUCUCACGGAUGUUGGAAUUGGAUCCAGAUCGUCGAUUGAAAGCAGCAGAAGCCUUGGAACAUCCCUACUUUCAAACAUACCAUGACGAAAAGAAUGAGGAAGUAGGAACACCCUGGGAAGAUCCUCUUUUAGUUAAAAAUUUAUCGACUGAAAUUGAAUGGAAAGAAGCAACAUGGAAUUUUUUGAAAAAUUUUGAACAAGAAACCUUGUCCCAACCAUCUACGUCCCAAGGCCCAAACUGA